GUAAUAUUAUAAGAGCCGCCUUUAUUAGCUUUUCUUUCUUUCCUCUUCAUUUUUGUUUUGCGAAGUUUUGCAGCUGUACAGAAUUGACCUGACAGAGAGAACAGAGGAGAAUGAGAGACAUGUAUAUGGUCCCACCUCCUCCGGAUCCGGCUGGCGAAUGAGAGACAUGUAUGUGGUCCCACCUCCUCCGGAUCCGGCUGGCGGAGUUACGGUAGACUCCGCUGUUGAUGGUGACGAUGGGGAGGGUCUAAUGACUUACCAGGCAUGGAAAGGCAGUAAUACAUUUUUGCUUCAGGGGAGGCUUAUAUUUGGACCGGAUGCAAGAUCUAUUCUGUUAACCAUCUUUCUUAUUGUGGUUCCAGCUGUUGUUUUCUGUGUCUUUGUAGCAAGAAAGCUGAUAGAUGAUUUUUCUCAUCACCUGGGAAUAUCAAUAGUAGUCUUAGUCGUUGUUCUGACAUUACUAGAUUUAACCUUUCUUCUGCUAACAUCAGGAAGAGAUCCUGGUAUAAUACCUCGUAAUGCUCAUCCUCCAGAGCUGGAAGGUUAUGAAGGGAACACUCCACUUACUCCUGGGCAAACCCCACCUCUCCGUUUGCCACGCACAAAGGAUGUUGUCAUCAAUGGGAUAACUGUGAAGACCAAGUACUGUGAUACCUGCAUGCUUUAUAGGCCCCCACGGUGUUCUCACUGUUCCAUAUGCAACAACUGUGUGGAAAGAUUUGACCAUCAUUGCCCUUGGGUUGGUCAGUGCAUUGGAUUGCGGAACUACCGGUUCUUCUUCAUGUUUGUCUUUACUUCAACAAUUAUUUGCUUAUAUGUACACGCAUUUUGCUGGGUCUACAUUAAGAGGAUCAUGAAUAGCGAGGAGACGUCAAUUUGGAAAGCAAUGUCCAAGACUCCUGCCUCUGUCGCUCUAGUGAUUUACACCUUUAUUUCAGUUUGGUUUGUUGGUGGUCUUACCUUGUUCCAUUCGUAUCUCAUCAGUAAAAAUCAAUCUACCUAUGAGAAUUUUAGAUACCGGUAUGAUGGGCUAGCUAACCCAUUUGACAGAGGGUUGAUUGAGAACUUCAAGGAGAUAUUUUGCUCUAGCAUCCCUCCAUCUAAGAACAGUUUCAGGGCAAAAGUACCAAAGGAACCUGCCAUUCCACCUAGAAUGGUAGCUACUAGUUUUGUCAGUUCAAGUGUGGAAAAAUCUGCCGGUGACAUAGAAAUGGGGAGGAAGCCAGUGUGUAAUGUGGAAAAAUCUGCCGGUGACGACAUAGAAAUGGGGAGGAAGCCAGUGUGGGAUGAGGCUUCAGGAGAUGAUGAUUAUAAUGGCACAGCAAGAAAUGAUGACAGUCUGCAUGAGGAUAGUAGAUUGACUGAUGUCUCUCCAGAUUUAAGCAGGAUCCUCCCCCCACAGGGAAUGGAAGGGCGCAGCGUCAUGCAUUCCAGACGAUCAAGUUUGGGUAGAAAAAGUGGCAGCUGGGAUAUAUCACCUGAUGUUCUUGCUGUAGCAGCUGGAAUAGGGGAAUCAAAGCGGAUGGCUAGUGGCAGUGGUGACAACUUGACAUCAGAUGCCCAACAGUCUAAGAGGCAUACUAGAUUGUAAAAUGAAAAGAAGAUUGAUUAUACGAAACAAAAAAAGAAAAAAGAAUGAUGUGUUUCUGUUGUAUUGGUUGGCCAUUACUCCCACCCACCGUACUUUCUUCCAUGUUUAUAAUGAUCUGUUUCAAAGGGUUUGAGGUUUUAGUUGUUGUAAUUGUGUCAUACUUUUUUGGUGGGCGCCUUUGCCUGUGCAUGAGUAGAACCGAUUCCUAAUUUUAAUGUUUUG